UAAACAUUGGGACCUGAGCCUUGGUACCCUCAGUGAGGCAGUGGCAGGGCAUGUUAACGUGAAAUGAGGCCAAGUCGUGUCCGCAGUCGCUGUUAUUACUGCAAGACAGGAAUUAUUUACCAACAUUAAAGACGCGCACACUAUGGUGAAUUAUUAUCCUGUUUCACAAGGAGGAGACGCAAAGAUGUCGCUCUGACAUCGACCUUUACCACCGGAAAGCCGUUAGCUCCGGCAGCUAACGCAAGCUAGCUAAGUUAGCUGUUACAUACCGUCGUUUUUUCCAUGCGACUGACCUCCACCACAACACAGACGCACUGAGUAUCAUUUGCUUGCUAGGUUGGGGUCGUUAUUCCCCUGUUUUUUUUCACGUCCGCUCCCUUUGUCCCCGUGUGGUGCCCGUGGACGGUUCCCGAAUAUGAUACAUAAUGAGUCAAAGAGAUACCUUAGUUCAUCUGUUUGCUGGAGGUUGUGGGGGCACGGUAGGAGCCAUAUUGACUUGUCCACUGGAAGUAGUGAAGACCCGUCUGCAGUCAUCCUCCAUCACCCUCUAUGUAUCUGAGGUUCAGCUCAGUACCGUCAGUGGGGCCAGUGUGGCCCGCAUGUCCCCGCCAGGCCCCCUGCACUGUCUCAAAUUGAUAUUGGAGAAAGAAGGACCUCGUUCACUCUUCAGGGGCUUGGGACCAAACUUGGUGGGCGUGGCCCCUUCCAGAGCAAUCUACUUUGCUGCUUACUCCACUGCCAAAGAGAAACUGAACGGUGUGUUGGAACCUGACUCCACACAGGUACACAUGGUGUCUGCUGGAAUGGCAGGUUUUACAGCCAUCACAGCAACCAAUCCAAUAUGGCUCAUAAAGACACGUCUACAGCUGGAUGCAAGGAAUCGAGGUGAGCGCAGGAUGAGUGCUUUUGAGUGUGUGCGGCGGGUGUAUCAGACAGACGGCCUCCGAGGCUUCUACAGGGGAAUGUCGGCAUCCUAUGCUGGCAUCUCAGAGACUGUGAUCCACUUUGUGAUCUAUGAAAACAUCAAACGGCGCCUGUCGGAGGCCAAGGCACCGCAGAACAUGGAUGAGGAAGAGGAGGCGUCCAAAGAUGCUUCUGACUUUGUAGGGAUGAUGCUUGCUGCCGCCACCUCCAAGACCUGUGCCACAAGUAUUGCUUAUCCUCAUGAAGUGAUCCGCACCAGGCUACGCGAGGAGGGCACCAAGUAUCGCUCUUUCUUCCAGACUCUAAUGACAGUGCCCAAAGAGGAGGGCUAUCGCGCCCUAUACCGCGGCCUCACCACCCACCUGGUACGACAGAUCCCCAACACCGCCAUCAUGAUGUGCACCUACGAGCUGGUGGUCUAUCUGCUGAACGGUUAAAGUCUUCCCCCCCUUUUAGACAGUACAUGUAACCCUGCCCCUGUUCGGAGAUGAAGAGAAGAAAAUGAGAGCAACUGCACACCAGUUAGCACAACAGCCUGCUCACCAGAAGAGGACGGAGUUGGCACGAUGACCUUUGUCUCAGUGACGCAAGCGGUUGUUAAAAAUAAGUUGGGAGUUAUGUUUUAUAACCAAAGGGUCUGGCACAAUGAGGAGGAUAGUAAAGAUCCUUGCAUUGGUUUGGGGAUCUGGGUUUAGCCUUGGCAAAGAAACAGUUUCCCUAUUUUUAUUUUUAUUCCAUCCUUUUCUCCCUUUGGUUUUAUACAUUGCUUAUGCAAGCUCAGAUUCAUAGUGCUGAAGAAAGAACCAGAGUUACAGUAUAUUCUGCCUCUAACAAUACUAAUAAUGAAAGAGAAAUACAGUAAUUCCCAUGCAUACUACAUAGUGGAAACAAGACCCUCUUCAGCAGUAGGCCUUGUUCUCAUGUUGAUGAUGAGUUUUUAAAAUAUUUUAUUAACGUCAUACAGUAUUCCCCUAGAGGCCCAGAAUACAGAGAUGCCCAGACUCAGUAAGCUGAAGUAUCUGACAAAGGUUCAGAAGUUAGUGGGAACAAGGAGAAAUCAGUGCUUUGGCUUUUUGAGGAAGGAUAAACAGGAAAAAAGGUUGAAGAGGGAGGGAGGGGAAUGGGUGACGUACCUUGUGUGGAGAUAUGACAUAGACUAUGAUGCACAAUGGCUGUAAGAGGAGGUGGAGCUCUGGUUGAGUUGUUACAACAAAGGAUGUAGAAAUGUAGUUGUACACUGGUAUUUUGUGAUUUCCGGUGCCCUUAGCGAACCUUUUACAUAUCGUGAGCAUAGACACACUCACCUAAGGGUUUUUACUAGCCUACUACUGGUUGUGAUAUCCUCAUAAAGCAGAAACUUACAUGCAUUUACUGCUCGUUACACUACGCAUUUACGUGACGGAUAUCCGCUUGUCUAUUACAAGUGAAGUCUGCAUAAUGACAUCGACCUAUGAACCUGUACAUGUUUGUGUUAACUAUGUGUGGAAGACGAGUGGUCACAAAGGUUCGAUAGAGGGUAAAAAGUCACCAAACUAAACCAGAAUAUAAUCCACUAUUCUAACUACUGGAAUGUAAAUAAACAGGAGGAAUAACUUUACUAAAAGCAAGGAAAUAAAACACUGACCCAUAUUGUGAAUUAAAAAUAAAUGGUUAAAAAAAUUUUAACAAAUUGUAAUAUUGAUAGUUAUAUAAAAUACUUACUUUAGUGAUUGUGUAGCAUUUGUUACCCAGUUAUGGCAAAAUGCAGACAUUUAGUGCAUUUUCUUCAGAGGAGAGGGAAUUUUCCUCUUUGUUGCUACCGUCUUCUCAAACAAGGUUGUUGUUCUUAUAGCACUUUUCAGUGCUAUAAGAACGAGUUUCUAUGAGAUGAGAAUCCCCAUCUCAUUUUGGGUUUUUUUUUUUUGUUUUUUUUUUGGAGAAUUCGGGCUAGUUUUACAGGCGAGGACAAUCCUCUUGAGUUUACUCUGGAAAACCUUGAGCAGUUUAAACCAGUGUGUGGAGGAAGUGGCCAGGAAUAUGCUCUUCAUAAGCGCACAUUAGUUAAAUGUAGACCAUUAUUUGAAAAAAGGAGGAAAAAAAGGUCAUUGUUUUCUUGAUGCUUUCCCAUUUUUCAGGUGCCAUUUAAGAAAAAAAUUCCCUGCAAUUUAUUUCAACUGGUUGAAAAAAUGAAACAGCUUUUUUUUUUUUUUGCCCAUUUAAUGUAAUUUUUGAUGUCCUUCUCGUGAAAUGGAAAAGUGCUUGCUCUCUGCUUUAGAUACGUUUUUUUUUUUCUUAAUUUAAAAAAAAAAAAUCUUUUUUUUUUUAGCAGUUUCAUGUCACGUUUCAAACUGUACAAGUGACAAAAACAGUGUUUUGCUGUGACCUCAUUUAUUCUAGCAACCGUAGAAGUAACUUUCCUUCAGUAAACAAAUGACACAAGAACCUAGCCUGUUGAUAACUGUGUGCAAUUUCACGCAAACUUAAAAGGAUCUGGCUUCGCCCACAGUGCUGUGGUUAUCUUCCAGUGUAUUUCAACUCAUGCUGAUAACUUAUCCAAACACUUCACUGCUUCAUAGGUCAGAGUGCUGGUGUGCAGCAGUAAACAGCAAGGGCAUUUUUGGCAUAAUAUGCAGCUAGACUAUGCUCACGUUCUCAGUGCCAUUGGACUUGAGACUGCAGAAGCAGCUUCAGUGUGUGUCUCCAUAUGCUUUUCUCAACUGCUAUUACUGACAUGAUCCUCAAUGUGAACAGUGAACAGUUUUACAGCACAUGUGAAGGAUGCAUUAGAUUAGCCUCAUUGUACGAAUCUUAUUACAGAUGUAUCAAUGUUUGCAGACAGUGCCAUCAACGCACACUAUUGAUGUAGUGAGAUGUGACUCCACGACUGACUCCGUUGCUGCAAGUAGUGAUUGGAAGUUUGUGUAUCAACGUGCAGGCGACACUCCUAUGGGUUUACAACGGGACGGAUAGUGUGAGUCGAUUGUACUUAAUGUGAUUUAAAGAGUCAGUUUACCCAAACAACAAUAACAAAAAAACACCUGUCUCACCUUUCUCUCACCUUUAGUGGCAUUUAGCUUUGGUUUUGUUUUUCCAUGUUAUGAGAUAUCUGCGCUUCAACUUGUUGCAGAGUGAAUGGAAUAGUGUUUCUGGUGCUCAUACAGUUGAGUUUUCCAGUGCAAAAUUCCAUUCAACUCUUUUGCAUUGAGGUGGUGGCUGAUAUUUCAAGACCUGGAGUAAAAAAUGCCGGAGGUAAGUGGGAAAAUCAGAUUUUUUUUUUUCCUUAUUUGGGUGAACUGGCUCUUUUAACUGUAAAUUUCUAUGCAUCUCUUUCACUUGUGUCAGUGUAUGUUAAUUGUCAGAUGAUGCAUUCUUCCCUGCAUUCUGUGGUUAUUCAUUUGCACCCACACGUUUGCAUUGUGUGCCUGUGUGUGUGUGUGUGUGUGUGUGUGUGUGCGUUGUGCGUGUGUUGGCUUAAGUGAAAAUUGUAUGUCAGUUCUGUGGUGUCUUGUGUGUAAGAGACCAUAAGCGUAUGUAUGCACUCAGAAGAAUAGCUGCAAACAGUGUUGUUUUUAUCUCUUUAAAUAAAUUGUUGCCUUUUCCUGACGCCCUUUGUUUUUUUUCCAUGUUGUCAUUGAUGAGCCGACUGCGAGCGUGGCUCAGUCUAUGCAUUCUCUCAUAUCUGUUUUUGUAAAACAAAAAGUCAAUAAAAUGGAAAGAGUGCAAGUAUA